AUGAAUCGCAGGUUGAAAGGACAGAUAAGAUCAGAUGGACCUUGUAUACAUGCAGGGAAUGGUACGAUGCAUUCGUACCAAUAUCCGUAUCAACCGCCGCCGAACCAGCAGCUUUCCGUGGCGCUGGUGCCGCCGCCCGGCAGCGGUCCUUAUCCACCGCCGCAAGCGGCGGCGGCGGCGGCGGGCUCGCCGUCACCCGGCAGCACCCCCACCAAGGCGUACACCUCCCCUCGCGCCGCCCAUGACCCGCCACCAACGCUGCUGCUGAUGUCGCCGUACGGCGGUCACCACCCAAGCUGCCCUGCGGCCCUGGCGGCGGCGGGUCAGUACGGCAACGGCCUCCGUCCGGCCCACCAGGGGGGUCCGCCACCGCCGCAACAUCAACACGGGCCAACGUCGCUGCUGGAGCCAAUGCAAAUGCUGGCAAUGAAUGGUACGGCAGCGGCGGCGGCGGCGCCGCCGCCGCCGCCGCCACCGAUCCAGUUCCACACGCUUCCGCCGCAGCCGCCUGCCCUGCCGCUAGCGCUGCCGGAGGUACCGCGGCAGAUGCCGUACAUCGCACAGCAGCAGGUGGCAGGUCUCAGUAUGUUGUACGACGAAACUAUGCAGGAGGUCGUACUGGCGGAUGCAGUAAUGGUCAAGGAGCUGGCGAAGCAGGUCGGUGUUUUUUGGCCGUCGGGUCACGGCUUGGUUCCCCUGCAUGAUGCCCACCGUACCAAGCUGGCGGCUCUGCAGGCGGCAGUGAACGGGCCGCUGAUGGCGAAGAGGGAGGCGCUCACGCAGCAGCACGCCCGGCUGGCGGCGAGAGCGGGGGAGGUGGCGGCGGCGAGGGCGGCGCUGGAGCGGGAGGUGGCGGUGAGCGGGAGCGAAAAGGGGAAGCUGGUCUCCAAGCCCUUCAAGGAGGUGGUGGAUGUGGUGGCGGAUGACCUGCCCGCUGAGGCGGCUGUGUGCCGGGACAUGGCGGGGGCCCACGGGGCGCUGAGGCAGCUGCUGGCGGUGAAGGACUCCAUGAUCUCGCACCUGCUGGGGGAACGAGAUGCACUGCAGGACGAGUUACGGCAGGUGGUGGAGCGCUACACGGCCGAGAUGGCUGCAUUAGAGGCUCAGUGCCAAGGGUACUACCAAGCACUGAUGAGCAUGAGGGGCAACGAAGGAGCCGGAGCGGCCGCUGUCACUGCUACAGGCGGUGGCGGCAGUGCCCGGGCCGCUACCGCGGGUUUUAACAAAGGCCCUGAGCCGCAGCCAAACCCAGAUGUUCGUGGGAGUCGUGAGAUCCGUGAGAGCGUCAGCAACAGCAACGGUAAAAUAACUGUGCGCGACAGCGGGCGGCCGAGCGAGGGGCCGUGGCUGGUAUAUGACACGUGGCCGCAAUCGGGUCGCUGA